GUCCUUAAUUUUUUUUUCUGGAAAUUGGUCGAUUUUUUUCCUUUUUAGUGAUUUGCUUUUGUUUAUAUUUGAAGUUAAAGCAAAAGCGUGGCAUUUGGCGUACAAGUAAUAAACAGGCUCAAAAUUUUCCAGUGUUUGGCUUCCUACUUCUUUAAGCGAAUCGUUUUGCUUCAGAAUCUCUCUGCGUUUGAGAACAUUUUCGAAGUUCUUAUGCUUUUUUUUUGGCUCUGAUAUCUGCACAGCACUUGGUUCUGUGUCAAAUUGAGCCAAACUUCUGUCUGUGUUAUCGUUGUUGUCAAAAGCAUUCCUCUGUUUUGAGCAAAUUGAAAGUAAUAUUGGUGUCCUUCCUUGGCUAAGUGCUUGAGUAAUUAAAUUUCUAAAGCUUGAAAAAAGGAUAUAGGGGAUUAGAAUGGACAUUGCUGGUCUUUUAACUUCUGCCGGAAUCAAUAUAGCUAUUUGUGUUGUGCUACUGUCAUUGUAUUCCAUACUGCGAAAACAACCAAGCAAUGCAAGUGUAUAUUUCACGAGGAAGCUUGUUCCAGAGCCAGUAAAGUGGAGUGAUCCUUUCUGCCUUGAAAGAUUUGUACCUUCUGCAAGCUGGAUCAUGAGGGCCUGGCAAGCCACUGAUGAAGAAAUAUUGGCUGCCGGUGGUGUGGAUGCUGUAGUUUUCAUGAGAAUAGUUGUUUUCAGUAUUCGGGUAUUCAUCAUUGCUGCUAUGAUUUGCAUUCUUCUCGUGCUUCCAGUAAAUUAUUAUGGACAAGACAUGCAGCACAAGCAAAUCCAUGCAGAAUCACUGGAAGUAUUUACCAUUGGAAAUGUAAAAGAAGGUUCAAAAUGGUUUUGGACCCAUUGUCUUGCAUUAUAUGUCAUAUCCUGCUCAGCUUGUGUUCUACUUUACUUUGAGUAUGAAAGUAUCACCAAAAUGAGGUUGGCACAUAUUACUGGAUCUCCUCCUAGUCCAAGUCAUUUCACAGUUCUAGUCCGUGGCAUCCCAUGGUCUCAGGAUCAUUCAUACAGUGAGUCGGUAGAGAAGUUCUUUUCAACUUAUUAUCCAGCAAGCUAUGUGUCCCACCAGAUGGUAUAUCGGGCUGGUACAGUUGAUAAAUUAAUGAAGGAUGCAGAGAAGAUGUACAGAGUGCUAAAAACUGUUGAGCCACAGUGUAGAGAGAUUUCUAUGCCAUGUUGUCUUUGUGGAGGAACUACACAUUCCUUUAAGGUGCUUAACAAUGAAGCAGAAAGUGUUAAGAGUAAAAUCAGCGAUGAUGGAUUGCAACCAGCUCAAAGGGAAAAGGAACGCCCAGCUGCUUUUGUUUUCUUCAGGACUCGUUAUGCUGCUGUUGUUGCUGCACAAGUUCUUCAAUCAUCAAAUCCCAUGUUAUGGGUGACACAACUAGCCCCAGAGCCACGUGAUGUUUAUUGGUCAAACCUCUCCAUACCAUACAAACAAAUUUGGCUCCGUAAAAUAGCAACUCUUCUAGGUGCUAUUGUUUUUAUGUUCGUGUUUCUUGUUCCAGUUACAUUUGUGCAAGGCUUGACUCAACUAGACCAGCUAUCACAUACAUUUCCAUUUCUUAAAGGAAUUUUAAGACAGAAGUUCAUGAACCAGCUAGUAACAGGUUACCUACCAAGUGUGAUUCUGAUGUUAUUUUUGUAUGCUGCUCCACCAACCAUGAUGCUGUUUUCCAAAGUGGAGGGAAAUGUUUCACGUAGUGGGAGGAAAAAGAGUGCAUGCAUUAAAGUUUUGUACUUCACAAUCUGGAAUGUUUUCUUUGUUAAUAUUCUUUCUGGAUCCAUAAUCAGGCAAUUGAGUGUUUUCUCAAGUGUUAGAGACAUACCUACACAACUUGCCAAAGCAGUGCCAACCCAGGCUACCUUCUUUACGACUUAUGUUUUAUCGUCAGGCUGGGCAAGCUUGUCCUUUGAAGUAAUACAACUUUUUGCUCUUCUUCGCAAUGUGUUCAGAAAAUUCAUACUAAGAAUCAAGGAAGAGUCAUCUAAUUGUGCUCUAUCCUUCCCUUACCAUACUGAAAUUCCACGACUUCUUCUGUUUGGACUGCUUGGCUUCACUUGUUCUGUCAUGGCACCCCUAAUAUUGCCCUUCUUGUUGGUUUACUUCUUUCUUGCUUUCCUUGUCUAUCGAAACCAGAUUCUCCAUGUAUAUGUAUCAAAAUAUGAAAGUGGGGGACAGUUCUGGCCUAUUGUUCACAACACAACGAUCUUCUCUUUAGUGUUGACGCAGAUUAUUGCCCUUGGGGUCUUUGGUAUAAAACGAUCACCAGUCGCUUCUGGUUUCACCAUUCCCCUAAUAUUUUUCACUCUUCUGUUCAAUGAGUACUGUAGGCAGAGGUUUUCGCCUGUUUUCAAGAGGAGUCCUGCACAGGUUCUUAUAGAGAUGGAUCGACAAGACGAGCAGUGUGGUAGGGUAGAAGAGAUUUAUGAUCAGUUACGUUCAGCAUACUGCCAGUUCCCGUUAAUUGCUCGGGACUUGUCCACUUCUCAGGAUUUGUCCACGGCUGGAAACACCUGGCAGAACAAAGAUCAGGGAAGUUCCCAAGAUCCAGAAUCACUGAAGCCAGGAAAUCAACUAGUUAAACUAAAUGAAUAGUGGGCUGUUCAUUGCACUUCGGAAGGGAAAGGCUUAGUCUGAAGUGAAAUGGUUUAUUCUUCUGUUAUAAUCCUGUGCAAAAAUGCGCCGUCAUUACCAUGAUGGUUGCUGGGACUUAGUGUUCUGUUAAUCUAGAAAACGUUCAUAGAAACAAACAUCCGUAUAGAGGCUCUGUUAAUAGUGGCAAUGGAACAUAAGGCGACAGUUUUUGCUCUACAAGACUACAAAUGAUGAAUUACUUUUCCGUUUUAAUAUUCACACUUGAUGGGGCAAAGAUAAUUAGACAAAAAGCCCUUUGAUAUGUAUACUCAACAUUGUACAGUUUCAUAGGAAAGAGUUCUAUCCUGUUGAUGCGCAUGGUUGAAAUGAGGGCAGAAAACCCACAUUUCUUUGAAUACU